AUGUUCGGCUCCACCCUUCGCACUGUCGCCACCACCGCUAUGCGCACGCAGCGCAUCCAGACGCGCGGGCUCGCCUCGAGCAUCCUGUACGUGACCAACCUGCCCCUGGGUACGACCGAGGAGAAGCUGGCGCCGUUGUUUGAGAAGUACGGUCCGGUCUACGAGUACCACUUCCCGCAGGCGCGCAACCAGCAGCCGUACGCGAAUGCGUUCAUCAAGCUGUACAGCGGCGAUCUGCCGUCGACGAUCGAGGAGCUGGCGGCGCUGCCGGCGCCAUCGGCCAUUGAGGUCAGCGAUGUGGCGAAGCGCGGCUCCGACGCCAUCGCCGAGCUCAACCAGCAGGACUUUGGCGGCCGUCCGCUGCGCGUGGGCUUUGCUCACAAGAACAUGCCUGAUGCGAUCCAGUUCCAUGCACGUAUGACGCUGCGCAAGAGCGCCGACCCCGAGUUCGCUGCCAACAUCAACAAGCGGCAGAACGAGAAGGGCGGCUACUCGGCUGGCUACAAGGACGGCUUCAGGGACGGCCUGGCACAGGCCCAGAAGGACGCCAGCCAGUAA